AUGACAGUAUUGUCACUCCCUUCAUUCCCCCUCAUGCAGUACGCGCGCAACCUGUUCCAGGACCUACUCGUGCGAGUACUCAGAACAGGACCCGUGCCCCGUCACGUUGCCUUCAUCAUGGACGGAAACCGUCGUUUCGCAAAGACCAACAAUCUAGAGCUGCGAGAAGGUCACGUGGCAGGUACAGAGUUGCUGCUCAAGCUACUGGAGGUCUGCUUCCGGAUGGGCAUCAACACCGUUACAAUCUACGCCUUCUCAAUCGAGAACUUCAACCGACCCAAGGUCGAGACCGACGCACUAUUUGACCUCAUCCGAAACAACAUUGUCGUACUCGGUAGCAAGGACGAGAUGGCUGAGCGCUACGGUCUCGCCAUCAAAAUCCUCGGUAACAGAGACCUCAUCCCGGAAGACAUUCUCGAGCUGAUUGUCCGUGUCGAAGAGACCACGAAGGACAACAAGCGUGGAACACUCAACAUUUGUUUCCCUUACACCUCCAGAGACGACAUAGCCCAGGCAAUUCAAAAGGUCGUCACCGACGUGUUUGCAGACACAAAGCAAGCCCCGCCUCCUAAGUCGUUUGGUCCACCCUCCUCUACCUCCCGACCCUCUCCCCUCCACGUAACCGAAAAGAUGCUGGAGAAAGCCAUGUACACUGGUGAGAGUCCUCCACUGGAUAUCAUGAUCCGAACGUCUGGCGUGACCCGUCUCUCCGACUUUAUGUUGUGGCAGAGUCACAAGAACUGCACACUCGAGUUUGUUGACACGCUGUGGCCGGACUUUGGUGUUCGGGAGCUGUAUCGGCUGCUGCUCAAGUGGUCCUACGUCAAGACUCUGGAGUUGCAGCGGGACGACCUCAUCCAGACCACCAAGGUGAACAACAGCACCAAGAACGACUACGUGGGCAAUUACGAUGAAGAGGUGAGCUCCCAUGCCUCUGCUUUGACAAAGAUCUCCUCUGUCGAAAAGGCUGUUGUUCAUGACGAGGGCAUUGUUGAAGGCAUCUGCAUUGACUAA